GCAGUGUGUUGAGGGAGGGGAAGGAAAGAAGAGAGGGUGGGAGCGUCUAACACGAUGCAGAGCUCAAAUUAUGUGCAUAAAUCUUUUAGAGAGCACACCUCAGCUUCCUUAAAAGGGCCUGCGCUUUUGGUUUUUAAACGCCUCGAGCUCAUCAUCAGGUUCCAACCAGCAGCAAACGAAAAUGGUAUCAGUGGUGACUGAGAACAGAGAACAGAGCACUCAUCUUGUGAUCAGAAAAAAAAAAGUCAAACUUACAAGAGGGUUUCUUGAACCGUGGCUGAGCAGCAACAUGUCAUGGUCUCUGAUUUGAGUGGGUGUUGAGGCAUCUUCAUACUCACAGGAGUCACAGGCUGAGUUGACAUGCCUGAUGGGUUGUGAUAACACUAAAAAGACUGCACUCUGCUUGAAGAAAUGCCUCCUCUUUCUCAGUGUUUUAUCGACGGUGUCGCUUAUAUUCAAUGGAUUACUAAGAGAGCCCAAGGCAAUCACAAAUCUCUCCACCUUCUCAAACUGGAGAAACAAUAGAAAUGUCACCAUCCUGCUGUGGCAUUGGCCUUUUGGUAGGAAACUCAGCCUAGAAGGUGAUGUGUGCUGGGACCGCUACCGUAUCCCUCACUGUAGACUUGUGGUACAGCGUGCUUUGUUCCCCUCAGCUGAUGUGGUGGUGUUCCACAACAAGGAGCUGGCACAAGGCCGCCAAAAGCUGCCCACUGACCUUCCACGACCGCAGGGCCAAAGGUGGGCCUGGAUGUCUCUCGAGGCUCCUGCUUCAAAUGGAAACUUACACCAGUAUGCAAAUAUCUUCAACAUGACUAUUACCUAUAGGAGGGAUGCUGAUGUCACUAUACCCUACGGCGAGCUAAUACCAAAGGAAGAUGAAGGACAUCUGGUGGAUGACAUCCCUCUGAAUAAGACCUUUCUGGUCUGUUGGGUGGUCAGCAACUACAGGAACGAGCACAAGAGAAGCCAGGUGUUCAAAGAGCUUAAUGCCACAGUUUUUGUGAAGGUUUAUGGUCGUUGGACAAAGACACGCCUCCACUCUAGAGCCCUCCUACCUACAAUCUCUCACUGCUACUUCUAUUUGGCUUUUGAGAACAUAUUUACCAAAGAUUACAUCACAGAGAAACUCUGGAGGAACGCCUACCAAGGUGGGGCAGUGCCUGUCGUCGUAGGACCACAAUUAGGUGAUUACAAAGCUGUGGCUCCGGCUAAUUCAUUCAUCCAUGUUGAUGAGUUUGCAUCAGUUAAAGACUUAGGGAAGUACCUACAACAGCUUGCAAAGGACAAGAAACGCUACAGUGAAUAUUUCACCUGGAAACAUCAGUGGAAAGUGAAGCUGUACACAGACUGGAGGGAGAGACUGUGUAAGAUCUGCUCACAGUACAACAGUUUACCUCAGCACAAAGUUUACUCAGACCUAGAAGCCUGGGUCAAUGCUAUUAAUACUUGAACUUGUAUAGGUGUGGUUAAUUUUUCGCUGAUUACUUGUAAAUUUGACCACAUUUCCGUUACAUUUAGCAGAAAAUCAUGACCUCAAUUUUUGCAUUAGGACUCAUCUGCCUUUAUUUUGCUUCUGUAUGUAUAUACACAAAUGUAAAUAUUAUACAUCUAAUAUGAAUAAGAAUAAUAGUUGGAAAGGUUGGAAGCAAACAGAAACACAGAUGAAAGAAAUGGGAGAAAAUUAGAAGGAAAGAAAUUAAAAUAUUUCCAAAAAAUCUGAAGAAUGUAGUAUUUAAAUGUAGGGAACGUUGUUGGAGGAACAUGCACUGUAUGACCAAGGAAUUUAAAUCCCUAGCACUUUACACCUGACUACGUUCAUGUUGAAUCAUUGAAGAGUUUUAAUUCAUCUUUGACAGUUGAGGUUUUAGCACAAAGAACAAAACUAAUAAGUAAAAAAUAAAAAAUAUGCAUUUGGAUGCAUUUUAAAUGAAAAAGUUGUCCUCGGAAGAUUCCAGUAACAUGGAAAUUUGUUUACCAAAGGAAGAAAGCACAGAAGGUCAAAUGAACCAGCUAACUAACAUUGUUGUGAUUGCAUUUCCAGUGCUAAAUGUAAUGAAGGUUGAAAAUUCAGCACAUCAUAAAGCAAGCAUUGAUGUAUGUAUUGUACAAUAUGUAGUAUUGGUGUUGAAUGGGUGAUAUCAAAAAAGUAUUUUUAAUGCCUUUAUAGUUUGGUCUGACAAAUUGACUUAUGUUCAUUUUAUGUCAAUCUUCCUUUGCAAAUAAAAAAACUUUUCACUUAAGUUAACUGUCAGUUUCAUUUUAGGGAAGACCUCCAAAUAAAUCUCUUGUGAUACACGAGUAAUCAAGUUGUUUGACUUGAGAGCAGGCCUGUUAUUAAACUGCACAACAAAAGAGAAUUUAGCAUCUUCGGGCGGAUAAAGGUUUUACUGGAAAAAACAAAAAAAAACAAAAAACAUUCAGCAGUUUGCACAUGUCUCAACACAUCAACAUUAAGUCAUUUAUACUAGAUGCAGAGAUACAUUUAAGGUUCAGGGUGUUUUGAUUGAAAACAUCGUGGCUAACAUUUCAAUAAAUUAUAAUUUAAUCCAUUUACAAUCUGUUGAAAAAAAUGUUACAUUAAAAACUACCGGUUAGAGUCUAAUAGUUAGAAUUGCACUGGUAAAUGUGUCAGUAAAAUUCUUCACACUAAGUUAACUCAGGGAUAAGGGAUUGCUUCAGUGUUUUAUACUGACAGCUUUAGUCCUGCAAAUAAAUUCAUGUUCACUUAAGGGACUCCUAAGUCACACUGAGGUGUAGUCAAGAUGUGACAAUGACAUUUAAUGUCUCUCCUAAAACUUAAAAAUCAGUGAAAACCAUUUUUUUCCUCAAAAGACCAGACGAGAGAAGACUCCAGUGAGCACCCAAACUUUUAGUAUCGAGCGUUAUUCAACAUUUCAUAGACAAAAAACCCCUUUACAAUAAAAACAAAAUGAAGUAUUGAAAUACAAUUUGGCUGCUGUAGCCUUAACUUGGUAGCAUAAUUGAUCCAAGUCAUGUCAGACUUCAUCUCUCUAUUCACUUGAGACAUUGAGAAAAUAUUGACAGUGUGCAAUUGGCAGAAUUAGCAGCUAAGACAUUUGUGAUUAGUCACUCAAUAUUAAACACAAAAAGAAAAAAAAA